AUGGACUCGGGACCGCGACGCAGAUGGGUCGACAAGCUCGCCGUCGAGGCGGAGCCUGGCCUGACUCCCGCCCAGCUUAUGCUUACCAACCAUGACUUGAAACCCGUCGAGAAGGAGCGUCGUCAAUGGAGCGCCUGGAACUUUGUCGGCUUUUGGAUUGCUGACUCUUUCAACAUCAACACAUGGAUGAUUUCUUCCUCAAUGAUUGUGGGUGGCUUGUCGUGGUGGCAAGCGUGGAUCUGUGUCUGGAUCGGCUACACUAUCACCGGUAUUUUUGUGGCCAUGAACGCUCGUUUCGGUGCCAUGUAUCACAUUGGUUUCCCCGUUGCCAACAGAUCAUCCUUUGGUAUCUGGGGCAGUUUGUGGCCCGUCUUCAACCGUGCUGCCAUGGCCUGUGUCUGGUACGGAGUACAGAGUUAUAUCGGUGGGCAUUGUGUCUACCUCAUGAUCCGCUCCAUUUGGAAAUCUUGGGACCGUGACACGAUCCCCAACAGCUUCUCUGAGAGUUCCGGCACUACGACUGCCGACUUUGUCUCAUUCUUCCUUUUCUGGUUCUUGUCUCUCCCGGCCAUCUGGUUCCCUGUCCACAAGAUCCGCCACCUUUUCACUGUCAAGGCCUACAUUGUCCCUUGCGCCGGAAUCGCUUUCCUUGCCUGGACUGUUUCUCGCGCUGGUGGCAUUGGACCCAUUAUCAAGCAGAAGAACACGAUCCACGGCAGCGACCUUGGGUGGGAGAUUGUCAAGGGCAUCAUGUCCUCGAUCGCCAACUUUGCCACUCUAAUUGUUAACGGCAGCGAUUUUUCCCGUUUUGCUCGCAAGCCCUCGGAUGCACUCUGGUCGCAGAUGAUUACCAUCCCGUUCGGCUUCGCCCUCACGUCCUUCAUCGGCAUCAUCGUCUCCUCCUCGUCCACGGUCAUCUACAACGAAGCCAUCUGGGACCCUCUUGAUCUCCUCGAGAACUUUAUCAAUGACGGAGGCUCCGCUCAACGCUUCGGUGUUUUCGUCAUUGCCAUGGCAUUUGCUCUUGCUCAGCUGGGCACGAACAUCGCUGCCAACUCCGUCUCGGCCGGAACCGACAUGACUGCCCUGUUCCCUCGAUACAUCAACAUCCGUCGUGGUGGAUACAUCUGCGCUGCCAUCGGUCUUGCCAUGUGCCCCUACAAUCUUCUCACCGACGCCAACCAGUUUACCACCUACCUAUCCGCCUAUAGUGUGUUCCUGAGCUCCAUCGCUGGUGUCAUGGUCGCAGACUACUAUCUGGUUCGAAAGGGUUACUUGGAGAUCAAGGAGCUGUACGACGGCCGCAAGUCUGGUCCUUACUUCUACACCUGGGGUAUCAACUGGCGAGCUUAUGCUGCUUACAUUUCGGGUAUUUUGAUCAAUGUCGUUGGCUUUGCAGGAGCUAUCGGCCGUGACGUGCCCAUCGGAGCCCAGUACAUCUACAACCUCAACUACUUUUUCGGAUUCGGCAUCGUUUGCGGCAUGUACUGGACUCUUUGCAGGUUCUUCCCCGUCCCGGCGACCAGCGAUCGAUGGAUGGAGGUGGGCGAUGAGAUUGAUGAUGUGCGGGUGGCCUACAAUGCUGACAGCCCGAGUUAUGAUGAGGAGCAUGUGACCGGAAAUUCCAAGGGAGUUGAUGGGAUGCCAAAGCAGUUUUGA